AAUAUGUUCCCUCUGCCUAUGUUCACCCCGGAGCAAGUGGCUCGGGUGUGCGAGAACCUCGAGGAGACCGGCGACAUCGAGCGCCUUGGGCGGUUCUUAUGGUCCCUGCCUGCCGCUGUCCCUGGCUCCGCGGGGGAGGCGCUCAACCGCCACGAGUCAGUGAUGCGCGCCAGGGCGCUGGUUGCCUUCCACGGAGGAAACUUCGAGGCGCUUUACCAGAUCCUCCAGAGCCACCGCUUUACGCGCGAGUCUCACGCCAAGCUCCAAGAUCUGUGGCUGGAUGCGCACUACCGCGAGGCGGAGCGGCUCCGGGGCCGUGCCCUGGGACCCGUGGAGAAGUACCGCAUCCGCAAGAAGUUCCCCCUGCCUCGCACCAUCUGGGACGGCGAACAGAAGACGCACUGCUUUAAGGAGAGAACUCGCAGCCUGCUCAGAGAGUGGUACCUCCAGGACCCGUACCCAAACCCAUCCAGGAAACGGCACCUGGCCCAGGCCACGGGACUCACGCCCACACAGGUCGGCAAUUGGUUCAAGAACCGACGCCAGAGAGACAGGGCUGCAUCGGCAAAGAACAUACUGCAGCAGGACCCCACCCACCUGCCUUCCGGAAGCUCCCCUGAGGGUCCUGCCCAGGAGCAUCACGCCCACCACCCCCGCCUGCUGGCCGCCUCCCCGCGUCACCCGGGCAGCCCAGAGGCCAGCGACUGCAGCACGAGCACCGACCGCCGGGGCACUGGCACCUCCACCCCAGACAACUCCGUUAGCAGCGACAGCGAGUUCGAAUCCUGA